AUGCGGCUCCUGCAGCGCACCGGCGGCAUAUUCAAGCCGACGGAGGAUCUCCUUCACAAUAUGCCUCCCUAUGCCAUACUCUCGCAUACAUGGGGCUCCGAAGAGGUUACCUACAAUGACUUGGUCGCCGGCACGGGGCAGGACAAGGCCGGCUAUCAGAAGAUUGAGUCCUGCGCGAAGCAGGCCAGCAGCGACGGCCUCGACUACUUCUGGGUUGACACAUGCUGCAUUGACAAAACUAAUAGCACCGAGCUGUCUGCAGCAAUCAAUUCUAUGUUCCGCUGGUACCAAAACGCAGCUCGAUGCUACGUAUAUCUGUCGGACGUCUCGGUUGCUGGCUGUAGACGUAAGCGGAAGAGGAAGCAAUCUGAGCCAUGCGAACGGGCGUUCCGGGAGAGCAGGUGGUUCACGCGGGGUUGGACACUCCAAGAACUUCUAGCGCCAAAAUUAUUCGAGUUCUUCUUGAAGGAUGGUCAGCGACUCGGUGACAAGAGAUCUCUUAAGCAAGAGAUUCACGAGAAAACAGGAAUCCCGAUUCUCGCACUGCACGCAACCGACUUCGCACACUUCAGCGUCGAUGAGCGGUUCCAAUGGGCCGCCACGCGGGAGACCACGCAAGAGGAGGACUGGGCCUAUUGUCUCCUGGGUAUUUUUGGCAUUCACAUGCCUCUUAUAUAUGGAGAAGGGAAGGAAAACGCGGUCCGUCGGCUGAAAAGAGAGAUUGCCAACCCUGAUUUGCAACGAGCGCUUCGCAUACUUCAAGAACACUCCGUCGGCGGUGCGGCAUUCGACUCCGCCGCCGAGGGCGAUGGUGCAAAGUGCUACACCGGCACCCCAGUCGACCUCCUCGCCCGCAUACACGAAUGGGCCGCCGACCCGGCCGCCGAGUCCAUCUUCUGGCUCAACGGCAUGGCCGGCACCGGAAAGUCCACCAUCUCUCGCACCGUCGCGCAAACCAUGUGCGAAAAGGGACAGCUCGGUGCCAGCUUCUUCUUCAAGAGAGGCGCCGGCGACCGCGCCACGACCGCGCGCUUCUUCCCCACAAUCGCCGCUCAGCUGGUCCUCAGAGAGCCGUUAAUGACCGCACAUCUCCAAAGUGCAAUCGACUCGGGCGUGCUCAGCAAGACCAUGCAAGAACAGCUGGACAAGCUCAUACUGGGGCCGCUCUCGGCAAUCUCUCACGACGCCGCGAGCCCGUCGAGCCUUAUCGUUGUGGUCGAUGCCCUCGACGAGUGCGAGGGAGGUAAGGAUGAGAUUGGCCGCCUAAUCGGCCUGCUGUUCCGCAUCAAAACAUUGCAGUCGGCACCCGUUAAAAUCUUUAUUACGAGUCGGCCCAAGCUGCCGAUUCGCUUCGGCUUCAAGACUGUUGGCGAGAAAUAUGACGGCGUUGUUCUCCAUGAGAUUCUACGAGACAUAGUUACACAAGAUAUCAGGGUAUACCUGACGGUUAAGCUCACCGAAGUCAGGAAUAGCUAUAACGCCACGGCCAUAGUGAAGCUGCAAUCAGAUUGGCCAGACCAGUCAAGCAUCGACAUCCUCGUCGACAUGGCCGUCCCGCUAUUCAUCUUUGCCGCCACUGUCUGCCGAUUCAUCCAGUCAGACCACAGCUCCCCAAAGGCACAGCUCAGCAAAUUUCUCCAGUAUCGCAACAUAUCGCAGCUCGACGCUACAUACCUUCCGGUCUUAAGUCAGCUGCUCUAUGUCAGUGACCUCGAAAGGCAUGAGGUAGUCGAAACAUUUCGAGAUAUUGUCGGCACCAUCGUUCUGCUUGAAACCCCUCUAUCGAUUCAUUCACUUGCAAGAUUCGUCCAGGAAGAUGUCGGCAAAAUCUACGACUCACUACAGUUACUCCACUCCGUUCUCAGCAUUCCAUCUGACAUCAAUGCUCCUAUCACAACCUACCACCUUUCCUUCCGCGACUUCGUUGUCGAUCCGAAAACGAAGCAGCUUACUAUCGACUCAAAAAAGGGCGAGCUAAACCCAUUCUGGGUGAAUGAGCAAGCCACACACCGGCGAAUGGCCGCAAACUGCCUGCGAAUCCUCAACGGACACCUGAGGACAGAUAUCUGCGGAAUUAAGUGGCCAGGAACCGCUCGCUCUGAGAUUGAUCCUCGGCGCGUUGAGAUGGCCUUGUCACCUGAAUGGCUAGAAGCAUUAAGCAUAAUAGGAAGAGCUUCAGAAAGUAUCGCCAUUAUAAAGACGUUACAAUCCCUCGUCAAGCUAUACUCGUCUGUACUUGGCUUUACGCCGCAGAGGAGUAUAGCACUGGGAAUGUUUGAGGAGAUAAUUCCUAAUUGGAUUUCCUUACGGCCAGAGGCUGAGACGAACUGGAGUUAUUGUCUACAGAUCCUUGAGGGCCAUAGCGCCCCGGUCAGCUCGGUCGCGUUCUCGCCUGACUCGGCGCUCGUGGCCUCGGGCUCCUGGGAUCAGACGGUACGGCUCUGGCGCAGCGAUACGGGCGAGUGCGUGCAGGAACUCAAGGGCCAUAGCGACUCGGUCAGCUCGGUUGCGUUCUCGCCUGACUCGGCGCUCGUGGCCUCGGGCUCCCGCGACAGGACGGUACGGCUUUGGCGUAGCGAUAUAGGCGAGUGCGUGCAGGAACUCAAGGGCCAUAGAUGGGAAGUCAACUCAGUGGCGUUCUCGCCUGACUCGGCGCUCGUGGCCUCGGCGUCCGGCGAUAACACGGUCUGGCUCUGGCGCAGCGAUACGGGCGAGUGCAUGCAGCAGGUGGACAUGGGCGCACAUGUUACCGAUCUUUCAUUUGAGCCUGAUGGUUCGCGGCUGCGUACUAGUUUUGGUGCCAUUACUAUACCCAAGCUGCCGUUUGUGGGCCAAACUGCAGUAACCCAAGUAUCUACAGCGCCCAUCAUGCCCGAGUCAAGGAAAGGCUAUCGCUUCGGCUACGGCUUUAGUCCAGACCGUAGCUGGAUUACAUGGCACGGAUAUAACUUGCUAUGGCUACCGGCCGAGUUCCUGCAUGAUGAUUCGAGUAGUUUCCAUUUAACGCCAUCACGACUUGCGGGCCAACUCGGCUGA